AUGGAGACCCUGAGCCGAGUCUGUGCGCUGAGCCGGGUGCUGGUGGGGGCCCCGGGCUUUGGGGCCUGGAGGGGCCUGUUCACCACCGCUGCCAACCGUCCCGCCCUUCGACCCCCCAUAGAUGUCCCCAAGGAGGAGGGCCUUUACCCUGUCACUAUGGUUCCCGGCGAUGGUGUGGGGCCUGAGCUCAUGCUCGCUGUCAAAGAAGUCUUUAAGGCAGCCAAGGUCCCCGUGAAAUUUCAGGAGCAUCAUCUGAGUGAGGUGCAGAACCUGGCCUCUGAAGAGAAACUGGAGCAAGUGCUGGCCUCCAUAAAGAAAAACAAGGUUGCUAUCAGUGGGAAGAUCCACUCUCCGAUGGACACAGAGUACACGGGGGACUUGGCAUCAUAUAACAUGCAGCUCAGGCGCAAGCUGGACCUGUUUGCCAACGUUGUUCAUGUCGAGAGCCUCCCAGGAUAUAAGACUCGACACAACAACCUGGACUUUGUGAUCAUCCGUGAGCAGACUGAGGGAGAAUACAGCUCGCUGGAGCACGAGAGCGUCAGGGGUGUGAUUGAGUGUUUGAGGAUCAUCACUCGUGCCAAGUCCGAGCGAAUUGCCAGGUUUGCUUUUGACUAUGCCACCACUAAGGGUCGAAAGAAGGUCACGGCUGUGCACAAGGCCAACAUCAUGAAGCUGGGCGAUGGGCUCUUCCUGCAGUGCUGUGAGGAGGUGGCAGAGCAAUACCCCAAGAUCAAGUUUGAGACCAUGAUAAUAGACAACUGUUGUAUGCAGCUGGUGCAGAAUCCAUACCAGUUUGAUGUGCUCGUCAUGCCCAAUCUCUAUGGAAACAUCGUUGACAACCUGGCAGCAGGUCUGGUGGGGGGUGCAGGCGUGGUUCCUGGUGAGAGCUACAGUGCUGAAUGUGCUGUUUUUGAAACCGGUGCAAGACACCCGUUUGCUGAGGCUGUGGGCAGGAACAUUGCCAACCCCACUGCCAUGCUGCUGUCUUCCAGCAAUAUGCUGAAGCACCUCAGCCUGGAAUAUCACUCCAAGAUGAUUGCUGAGGCUGUGAAGAAGGUGAUCAAAGUUGGCAAAGUGCGGACCUGGGACAUGGGUGGCUACAGCACCACGACUGAUUUCAUCAAGUCUGUCAUCAGCUACCUGAAGCCACCUUGUAAGGACUAG